AUGCGCUCGGCGGUGUCGAAGGCACUUCGGGUCCGACCAUGUCGCCAGCCUGUGUUUCCACCUCGUUCAAGUUGUAGGAGGGCCUACCAUCCGUCCGUCUUGCCGUCUCUCGUUUCAGCAACUUCGCCCGAGUUCGUUGAGAAGUCCAAAUCAAUGGAAGCACUGGUAGCAGACAUAGAUGCCAAGGCGGCGGCUGCACGGCUAGGCGGAAGCGAGAAGGCGAGGGAGCGCAUGAGGAAGGCUGGCAAGAAGCUGCCCAGGGAGAGGCUAGCUCUCUUAUUGGACCCUCAUACACCCUUUCUCGAGCUUUCGCAACUAGCUGCUCAUGAUGUCUAUCCUGAGUCUAUCCCUGGCGCGGGCAUCAUCACUGGAAUAGGUCGUAUUUCUGGUCGUGAAUGCGUGGUUGUCGUGAACGACGCUACUGUCAAAGGAGGUUCCUACUACCCGCUGACUGUGAAGAAGCAUCUCCGCGCCCAGGAGAUUGCGAGGGAACACGGGCUGCCAUGCGUUUACGUCGUUGAGUCCGGGGGUGCUGCUCUGCCUCAUCAAGCGAAUGUCUUCCCCGACAAGGAGCACUUUGGCCGCAUCUUCUACAAUAUGGCACAAAUGUCGGCAGUGGGAAUUCCCCAGAUCGCUAUCGUGCAUGGCAUUUCAGUAGCAGGCGGAGCGUAUGUCCCGGCUAUGGCAGACGAGAACAUCAUUGUACGAGAGCAAGGCCGUAUCUUCCUCGCUGGCCCGCCGCUGGUGAAAGCGGCAACGGGAGAAGAAGUGGACGAGGAGACACUUGGUGGAGGCCAGAUGCACUCAUCAGAAAGCGGUGUGACAGACCACUUGGCUCGAGAUGACGAACAUGCCAUCGCCAUCGCUCGCGGUAUCAUCAGCGAUCUCGGGAAGGCGGGCGGACAGGAGGUUCCACCUCCAGUACCGCCUGAAGACCCAUUGUAUCCCACUUCGGAGCUCCAUGGUAUCGUAGGGACCGACCUCCGGCAAGCAUUCGACAUGCGCGACGUAAUCGCUCGCCUUGUAGACGGCAGCAGAUUCCGGGAAUUCAAGAAAGAAUACGGCUCGACCAUCGUCACAGGAUUCGCACACAUUCAUGGCUACCCCGUCGGCAUUGUCGCGAACAACGGCAUCCUCUUCUCACAAUCCGCAUUGAAAGCGACGCACUUCAUGCAGCUCUGCUCGCAGCGGCAGAUCCCGCUUCUGUUCCUCGUCAACGUUACAGGCUAUAUGGUCGGUUCCAAGGCUGAGAAGGGCGGCAUCGCCAAGGAUGGUGCGAAGAUGGUCCGCGCAGUCGCGUGUGCGGACGUACCGAAGCUGACAGUGAUCGUCGGGGGGAGCUACGGGGCUGGAAAUUACGGAAUGUGUGGACGGGCUUAUUCUCCGCGGUUCCUAUGGAUGUGGCCGAAUGCUAAGGUAUCUGUCAUGGGACCCGGCCAGCUCUCGCAAGUGAUGGCUACUGUUUCGAAGGAUCCCACCAAACACAGCAGCCUGAAGGACGAAAUUGAAGAGCAAUCCACUGCGCUCUACGCCUCCGCACGCUUGUGGGACGAUGGCAUCAUUAAGCCUACAGACACGCGCGACACAGUCGGACUAGCCCUAGCCCUAGCCGCAAGGGAGAGGAGAACGGGCAGUGGCUCGGGCAAGCCAUCGACGACAUGGGACGGCGACGGCAAGGGUUUCGGUGUCUUCCGAAUGUAA